AUGAUCAAAAGCUUUGAGGAAGCACUUCUUCGGAUAUCUGAGCUAGAAGAAAAGACAGAAAACCAGCAGAUAAUAAUUGAUGCUCUUGUGGCUCAUACAAAGAAUCUUAUGAAAGGUGAUAACGGCGUGGCCUUGAAGAAAGAUUGUGUAGAGCAGGAAGGGAGCGAGAGUGGCAGAACGGUUGCCCAAGACAUGGCGCGGUUUGAACUUAAGAGAGGAGAAGAUAGAAAGAGCAGGAGGAGCAGCAAGUCUCUUGAGAAAGAAGUCGAAGAUCUAUUCAGAAGAGACAAGACAUCCAAGCAGUUCAAAGAUGCCUUCACGAUUGACUCUCUUCUGUCCUACUCCAAGGAGGCACACAGCUUUUCAUUAAAUGUCAGAACAGAGGUGAGAAUGAAGAAGUCAUUUCAUACGAAUGUUAAACAACAAAUUGAUAAGAUCAUAAGGCACAUGAUAGUGAAUUUGAACACAUAUGAUCUCAACACGGUUUGCUCAACACUUAACUUGAUUUCUGGGGAUAUAGAGUACCAGCACAAGCUUGUGAUUACCCACGACAUCGUCCUCUUCAUAGAUGAUUUCUCCAGAAUACCGUUUAUUGUCUCUGCUCUAUUCAAUAACCAAGGGAUCUAUGAUGACGUACUAGGAAGCACCAUAAAGGAGAUCCUAUUUCAUCAGUGCAUGGUUGAUAGUGAUAUAAACAGGAGUCAUCCGCACAUUGUAGGAUACUAUAACAAGAUAAUUGACAAUUUUGAACUCCAUCCGAAAGAAAAGUCUUUGAAGGAUCUCUGUGCCAACUUGAUAGGAAACUUCAAUGUUUUUGAGGACGGAGGCUUCAACCCUGCAAUCUUUCCAAGCAUGUAUUCUGUAAGGGUUCUAUGCCACUAUAUGGACUGGGACUACACAUACAAUGAGUUUAUAUGCUCUGUGCUAUAUCCAAAACUGAGGGAAACCCGAAAUCCUUUGUAUGCCAUCUACAUGUUUACUGCUGUAUUUAAUGCGCUACGUGUGUUCGGAUACAUCGAGAGUGUUGAACUUGUAUUUAGCAGACUCAAGGAGCUUAUGGAUGACAGCUCUGAUCUCUCUAUAGUUUCUUAUUUAUUUAUCAAGCAAGUUGAUCCUGAGAGGGCCGACAGAUGGUAUGAAUCACAGAGGGGCAACAUUAGACAUGUUGACGGAGAGUAUCUGAGAAAUCUACUGCUGUAUUAA